CUUCUCAACUUUACCUACGCUCGCUUAAGCUGCAAAAAGUUUAUGGCUGAGGCAAAUUGUAAACGAUGGAGUCGAAUCAAAAAUGAAAACAAUGCAAUCGAGGACGUUUCGUCUCAAAGAUAAAGUAAUAGUAGACAUUUGGCCACAGGGGACUUCUACUACAUACUAGUACUACCCUAUGAUGAGUACGCAUUGCCAUGAUGAUGCUCAGCGGGCAGUACCAGGCAUUGCUACCGGCAAGGCCCAGGAUGCGUAUGAGUUGAUCAGGCAGCCUGAUGGUUCGUACAUCGAGAUUCGGCAAAUUGGCAUUGACGACGACGAGAUGUCUGGCAUUGCGGGACCGAGCUGUGAAGCUGAGCUGGUGCCAUUGGAGACGAUGGUGCCAUCUGAAUUACCAUUGGUCCUUGAUGAGUCGGGAGAGUCGGAAUUGGAUGAGGUAUCCCAGGUGGACAGCCAGUCAGAGGAGCAGCAGAUUACAGAGAAAUACUUGAAAGGUGAGAUUAGCUUCACAGAGUUUAUGGACCUUAGUGAACAACUGCACGAACCAACAGAGCAAUCAGAUGUUGAUGGGAAGAUGCAUGCAGGCACAAUCAAGCAGCCAGGGUUUGAGCAAGUUAUUCAAGUAGAACUGAUGCUGGACAAGGAACACAGAAAGAUGAGGCGAAAGGGUCCUGCAGGCAGAAGAAGCAAGCUACCACGAGACCUGCAGGGCUUGAUGGGGGAGGCGAAUCUUUGCUUUGCCAGAGGAGAGCAUGAAGAAGCCAUUAAGAUGUGCAUGGAGAUCAUUCGUCUUGUGCCGACAGCGCCGGAGCCGUUCCAGACGCUUGGCAUGCUGUACGAGGAGAUGGGCGACGUCGAGCGAUCGCUGCAGUUCUCUCUCAUCGCCGCCCACCUCAGUCCGAUCGACGUCGAGGAGUGGGUGAAGCUCGCCGAGAUGUCACUGGAGCAGGGCAACAUCAAGCAGGCGGUGACGUGCUACUCGAAAGCUAUCAAGGGCGAGCCCCAGAAUCCAGGACUGUUGUGGGAACGAUGCAAGUGCUAUGAAGCCCUGCAUGAACAAAAGAGAGCAUUGGAAGGUUACCUUGUGAUCCUGAAUUUACUAGAGCCAUCUGAUGGAGAUAAAUUCAUGCAUCUAUCCAAAGACAUUGCAAGGAUUCAGCAUGAGAGUGGUGAUGUUCUACUGGCAAUCGCUACUAUGGAAGCUGCCUUUCAGGCUCAUCCACUUUCUAUAACCUCUGAAGAUAUAAAUCUUGCUCUGGAGCUGUACAUCUCUCAGAAGCAGUUUCACAGUUCCCUGGACCUCAUCUGCCGACACUGCGGGGUGAAGAUCUUGUAUAAGGUGCAUGACGAGAAAGCACCAGCAACAGACAGAUAUAAUAUUCCUGAUGCCUUGCCGAUAGACCUGAGGAUUAAACUUGUUGUGUGCCUGAUUCACCUCAGUUAUAAUAUAGCGCAGAUGAUCGUUCAGCCAUUAUUCCAAGAAUCGCCAGAAGAUAUGGGCGAUCUGUGUCUUGAUGUAGCAGAGGCUUACAUGGAGGUCGGCUCAUACCAGGAUGCGUUACCCAUCCUUUCCACUCUCGUCAACUCGCACAGCUACAAUCUGGCGGCUGUCUGGCUGCGUUACGGCGAGUGUCUGAAUGCACUGGGGCAGAUGCAGAAUGCAGUGCAGGCCUACAGACAGGUAGUGGACCUAGCUCCCUCUCACAUGUCUGCCAGAAUGACACUGUCCUCCCUGCAGCAGCAGCUGGGAAGACACGACGAAGCUUUGCUGGCUCUCACACACGUUGAGCAUGAUGCCAGCGGUGAGGCUGUGGCUCCAGACCUGGCUCUGCUGCUGCAACGCUGCAACCUGCUCUACUCUCAGGCCAAGUGGCAAGAGUUUGUUCGCUGCAGCAAACAUGCGCUGUCCAGUCAGUUCAAGGACGUCGUCCGGCCAUCAUAUCUUGGCGUGAUCAUUAAGAAUAGGAGCUUAAGGCACAGAAAGGAAGCACUGCGAUACUUAGGGUGCAACAUGGAGUCGACAUCAGAAGGCUUGUUCACUAAUGAAAAGUCGGCCUCCCCUGACGACAUGUGGGAUUUGUAUUGCAGGGUCUGUCACAAGAUGCAUGAAUUGGGGAAACAUGCAGAGCUGGAGACGUUUACUAUUGCAGCUCUCACUUCAUCACAGUUCAUGAACGACCCAGACAAAGCCAAGGAGGCAGAGUUUAUGUGCCUGAUGGCAUGUUAUAUGAACAAGAACUUUGAGUUUGCAUAUAAUAUCAUCAAGGAAAUCUGUGUCAAGGAGAUGAAGAAUAAUUCUGCGUGGAACCUACUAUGUCAGAUCAUCACCUGGUCGGACGACAUUCGACACAACCGCUUCUGCAUGCGUCUGCUUAUGAAGCAACCCGACCAUCUGCCUCUAGAAAUGCUCAAUGGACACAACUCUGUUGUCGCAGGCAGCUAUAAGCAUUCGCUCGGUGAGUAUGUUGCUGCUUUUAGACAAGCUCCGAAGGACCCACUCAUAAGUCUUUGCAUUGGGCUCACGUUUUUCCAUCUGGCUUCGCAGAAAUUUUCCUCAAAGAGACAUUCUCUCGUUGUUCAGGGUUGUUCAUUCUUGAAUCAGUAUGUCGAGCUACGGGGCGAGUGUCAGGAGACUUUCUACAAUCUGGGUAGAGCCAUGCACCAGCUCGGUCUGUUAUAUGCAGCUGUUUACUAUUAUAAAAGAGCAUUAGCAGUUGGGCCAGCCAUCAAAGAAGACCAUCACCAGGAACUGUUUGACCUGAAACGAGAAACUGCAUUCAAUCUGUCACUUAUAUACCAGCACAGUGGCAAUAAUGAUCUGGCAAGAAUGGUCUUAAAUGAACACUGCAUCGUUUGACAAUAUUCAGAUCAUCAACAAUCUCAGGUGUAUGAUGCAGGUGCCAAUUAUGUCAUCCUCUCACAUUGUAUCAUAUUGUGCUUUUUUCUUGUGAAAUCAUUUACUGUGAUUUUGACUUAGAAAGUUAAAAUCUGUGUGUUAUCCAAAAUCAGUGUGUAAGAAUAGCAGAGUAAACGUUGCAUAUAUGAUAUGCAUGUCUUAUACAUUUAUACGAAAUUGUUAGUCAUUUCAAGUCAGAACACCAACACAUUUACUGUCUUACGUAUUCAUGAUAAAAUACAGUAUUACAAGAAUGACUAGCCAUCAAGUUUUUUAAUAAAAAUAUUUGUAUACAUAUAA